CACCACAUGGUCCUACCUGCUGUGAGUGACUGGAAGAGGGAGCAGCGGGCACAGAUAAAGAGGCACCUGGCUCAAGCACUGAUAAGGAGUAUGGCUGCCGCUCCCAAAGCUCACAUCCGUGUCAAGAAUUUGGCCAUCAAAGCAGGAGUCCUCACGGAGAAGGAGAACAACGUGCUGCAACCCGAGACCCACAUCUGUACAUCCCCAGAGGAGAAGAGCUCCCAAGGGGCUCUGCUGCUCGGCCUGCCCCCAGAACCUUUGUCUCUGACCUGCACUUCAGCGACUUUGGAGCAGCAAUUGAUGGUUUCCUCUUCCGAGGAGCCCCAGGGGCCUCUUGCCCCGUCUGGCAGAUACUCAGCUCCGGUCCUCCAGCCCUGUGCCACCCUUGAUCCUCUUCUACUGCAGCCAAAGGCCCCCAAAGUCUCUGACCAGCCUUUGGUUUCUGCCUCCUCAGAGUGGCAGCGAAAGCUGGAGGCUGCAGAGGCUCUGCUGACUCUGAGAGACUCUUUCCAGGCCGCUUCUGACUCCAUCUCCUUGCACCAGCCCUGUGGCCCACUAGCUCUUACUGGAGAUAAAGGACUCCAGCCCCCCAGCUCCUCUGUCUGCCCCAGGCCAGUCAGCUCCGUCUCGCUGCCUAUUGGACAUCUCGGGUGCAUCUCCCUCUUGAGCUAGGAGCCCAGAGGAAGAGGCCUCAAUAGAGCACUGCCUGAUUGGUAUCCUGUUUCUGAAUGUGCACAAUGGUUAAUGUCCAAAAUGCUUAACAUCUCUUUUUUUAAGUCCUUGGGUGUUUUAUAAACUUUCAGACCCUUUUUAUUAUAUGGGGGAAUUUCUUGACCGAGAGUGUGUAUUCUUGUACCUCUAUCCCUUAUCUCUUUGGAUGUUGGGGCCUUUUUAUGUCUCUUAUAAAGAUAGGAUUGUACAAUCUAAGUUGAUUAGUCACCGAAUGGGGUUCUGUGUGAGUUCAUAUGCCAGAGUUUUCAUUUGUCUCAUGAUUGCAGACAUACCUAUGCACUCACGUACGUAUCCAUGCAUGGGAAAACAUGAGGAUGUUUUCACUUUGUGUCUGGGUUUGUGUAUGUGAACAAAUAAUAAAUCCGUGUUGCUGAAUGGCA